AUGUGUACAUUCCCAACGCCUUCCCCAAGUUCUCAAAUCAGUUGGCCAAGUUGGAAUAGACGUAAAAGUAUUGUAUUUUCAUCAAUUUCGCGCAUGUUAAAAAAAAAGAACUAUUCGCAGGUUGAAUUAAACUAUCGCACAGUAAAAUAUUUGAUUAAAAAAGUAUCUAACGGCUUAAAAGGUUGCUUCAAAAUUGCACAAAAGUAUUUUAAUUAUUGCGUUAAGUUUGGGGUGCAAACAGUAAUAUGGUGUAAUAAAACGGAACAACGAAUUGAUGAAGUGUUCCUUGCAAAAUGUGAAAAUCAAGUUUUAAGCGAUGUAAAACUUUUAUUCCUGCUUUUAUACAGCAAAUUACCUAUACGACUCGUGUAUUUUCUGCUAAUACAGAACAUACUCGUUUACUCGUUGAAACAAGUACCCAAGAAAACUUUUUUAAUUACUCGAACUCGUAUUCAAAACUUACUUCAAAGUCCUUGA